AUGUUGAGCUUCGUAAAGCCUUAUCUUUUGGGUACAGCAAAAGAAUUCAGAAAUCGAUUUGUUAAUCCUAUAAUAAAUGGACAGUAUGAUGAUUCUACAGCCUAUGAUGUUAAAAUUAUGAAGAAACGAAUUCAUAUUCUUCAUAAACUUCUGGAUGGAUGUGUUCAGAGGUGUGACUAUUCAGCUUUGACAAAAUUUCUGCCUCCCAAACAUGAAUUUGUUAUAAGUGUUAAAUUAAGUGAUGUCCAGAUAAAAAUGUAUCGAUGGUAUUUAGAAAAUAAAUCGCAAAGAAAUCUUGAAAAAAAGCAAGGUUCAACACUUUUUAAUGACUACAAUGUAAUGAGAAAUCUAUGUAUUCAUCCUUAUAUUUGUCAUACACAAUUUUUGCAGCAGGAGAAAAGAAGGUUACUCAGAGAUGAUGAUGAGGAUAUGAGUGAUUUUAUAAAUGAUGAGUCAGAGUCUGAAGCCACUUCAAAAGAGGGGACUAGCUCAGAUGAGGAAGAAGUAAUUAGAACGUAUAAGACAAGACGACAUCAAGCUGAAAAUAGUGAGACUGAGUCAGAACCUGAACCUGAGAAACAAUGGUAUCAUGAAUUCAUUUCUGAGGAAGAUAAAAAUAAAAUUGAGCUGAGUGGGAAAAUGGUUCUUCUUGUGGAUAUUAUUAAAGAAUGUGAAGCUAUUGGUGAUAAAAUUGUCGUAUUCUCUCAAUCAUUACUAACACUUGAUAUGGUUGAAGUGAUUCUGCAGUAUCUUGAUCAGCAGACUCCAUCAGAUCUUGAUAUGCAGCGAGACGCCAUUGGGUCAUGGAUUUCUGGAGUAGACUAUUUCCGAAUGGAUGGUUCAACUUCUGCUGACUUCAGAAAAAGUUUUAUAGAUAAGUUUAAUGACAGAAAUAAUGAAAGAGCUCGUCUGUUCCUUAUAUCUACUAAAGCUGGAUCAUUGGGUACUAAUCUGAUUGGUGCAAACAGAGUUGUGAUUUUAGAUGCUUCAUGGAAUCCUUCUCAUGAUGUUCAAGCUAUUUUUAGAGUGUAUAGAUUUGGCCAAAUUAAACCAGUGUAUAUUUACAGAUUACUUGCACAAGGUACAAUGGAAGAAAAGAUUUACGAUCGUCAAGUGACAAAACUCUCAUUAUCAAUUCGUGUGGUGGAUGAGCAACAGAUUGAUCGGCAUUUCAAUGCUGCAGAAUUAGCUGAAUUGUAUACAUUUAAUCCAGAUUCAACUUCUAAUCGCCCAACUCCUAUGGUUCCAAAUGAUCGUCUUCUUGCCGAAAUGCUUAUUAGAAAUAAAGACUGGAUUGUUACAUAUCAUGUGCAUGAUUCACUUCUUCAAAAUGAAACAGAAGAAGAUCUUACUGAAGAAGAAAGGAAAGCAGCUUGGGAAGAAUAUGAAAAUGAAAGAGAAGGACGUACCACUGCAAAUAUUGUCCCAGGUAUUCAGAAUUUACCAGGUUAUCAAGGCAUAUUCAAUUAUUAUCAGGAACCAAAUUUUGAUGAAGCUGAUUAUCAAGGACCACUUAUUCCAACUGUUCAAAAGAUAAUGAGUGAUUUAACUACUCAUAUUAAUAAGCAGUAUCCACAUGCUUCAGCUUUUCAAAAGAAUUGUCAACUUCUGCGAUCUGUGCAUGCAAUUAGAGCUGCAUUUCAAGAAAAGCAUGUAAAGAUUAUAAGAAUGAAGCAAGAGGUA